AUGGCAACCUCACCCACAGAAAGUACUCCUGUCUCAGCUACACCAGCUACGGACUUUCAAACUCUCGCCAUUGAAAGAUGGACUCCCACCAACACCGUCACCUUCUACCCAUCCUCUGAACGCCCCCAGUUGACAUUCUUCAUCUCGACCCACUGUCUGAUGGUGAAUGCCAACGAUGACAGAGUCAAUCAAGAUCUUGAGCUCCACCAUUCUGGCGAGCAGGAGGACCGCAGCCGAACCUGGCCCUUCGCGAGUGUUGUAUCCGCCGUGAGAGACCCGGUCUGCCACUUGUCCAAACUGUCAGGCUUGCAAGAUCUGGUCAACACCCUCUUCCAAAUGGACCUGCAACGCCUGCACCACCCCGCCGCCCUCCUGAAAAUCCAGACCGGCAGACUCGGCUAA